AUGUCGAGCGGACUCGGCGACGUCUUCGCCACGGCGGACAAGCACGAAAACUCAUGGGUGCGCACCAGCAAGAGCGUCAUCGCCAAGCUCGCCGCACCGCUGCUGCCAAAGAUGGGCCUGACGGCGGACCGCACCGAGCCGGUGACGCUGCUGGACAACGCGGCGGGCGCGGGUGUCAUGGCGCAGGAGGUGAACAAGGUGCUGCCGCGGAUGACGCUGCAGGCCGGGUCGAUCCUGGCAACGGACUUGUCCGAGUCGCUGGUGGGCAUCAUGAAGGAGCGCAUCCAGAACGAGGGCUGGAUCAACACGGAAGCUCGUGUCGCCGACGCGCAGGAUACAAAGCUGCCAGACAACACGUACAGCCAUGUUUCCAUCUUGCUGGGUCUGCACAUCAUCCCCGACCCCGAUGCCGCUGUCAAAGAGGCCAUUCGUGUGCUCAAACCGGGCGGCGUCUUUGGCGCAACCACGGUACCCAUGCACAAGGAGAACAGGUUUUGGUUCGCCGACGUGCAGACGGCCUUUGCCGGCAUGCCGUUUGACGCGCCGUUCCCGGCGACGAUGCCGAUGCAGAUGCACACGUCGGGCACCUGGUACGAGCCGUCCUGGGUGGCGUCGCACCUGCAGAGGCUGGGGCUCCGGGACGUCCGGGUCGCGGUGCAGAGCGACUCGUACUUUGUCCGCAGCGCGGACGAGUUCAUCGACAUGUUUGGCAUGAUGCUGGGGUACCUGAUGACGAUGUUUUGGAGCGAGGCGCAGGUGGCGGCGCACUCGGUGGACGAGGUCAAGGAGCUGGUCCGCGCGCAUCUGGUGGAAAAGUACAAUGGACAGGGCUGGGAGCUCAAGUGGGAUAUUCUGUACAUGACGGGACGCGUGGACAAGUAA